CGGCAGCACUGCCCUUUUGAAUGCCUCCUGCAGCUCGGAGUGCUGGCAAGGCGCUAGGAGCGCCAGUGAAUGUAGCCCCGCAGAGCCAAUGAGCUGGGACCGGAUGCGAUAUAUCCUCUGGGACAACAACUGCUCUGUUCCUCCUCAGAUCCACAUGACGCCAUUUACUGCUGCUUUUGCAGAGAGAUCACCCUACCUCCUCCGGAAAGAAAAAGAGAGAGAGAGAGAGCGAGAGGGGAGGGAGGGAGAGAGAGAGCGAGCAAGCAGAAAAACGCCGAGCCCCUACGGCUAAGAUCUCAAAUCUUCCUCCUCCUCCUCCACCUCCUCCAAACACACAACAACAACCACCACCACAAAUCCGCUGCGCUCCCAAAACAGCCCCCCCCCCCCCUCCCCGAUUGCAAACCACAGAGCUGCCUGCAACACACGCUCGCAGAGGGAGCGAGAAAGCUAGAGGGAGAGAGGGGAGAGGAGCUUGCAGCAAGCAGCUUCUAAGCAGAACGGCUACAUUGCACAAGCUGCAUUUUCGGAGGAGCCAAGUGGAAGAAAGCUCUGGGAUUUUAUUUUAGAUCCACUUUUAUUUUGUUUUCUUUGGUUUUCCCUUUCCUUUUAAUCAUUUGCAACAACAACAAAAAAAGUGACUUGGUAUUGGCGAUUCGGCCUCCUGUUCAUUGAGGGGAAAAAAAGGAAAGUGUGUGCGAGAGACCGAGUGAUUUCUUUUUAGGAGCAAAGAAAACCAACCCCGAUCCACAGAGGUGUUUUUAUUAUUAUAGUACAUACGCGCACACACGUAUUUAUAAUCCAUCUGGGGAGAGGGACCUAACUUUGCUCCGGACUUUGUUUUUUGUGUUUUUUUUUUUUUUACAUGGUGUUCAUUCUUACUCUAAUUUGCAAGUUGGACUAAAGCAGAGUUUGGAAAAGAAUUUUUUUUUGCUUUAGGGCUGGAUUUAUUUGCAAACCGCAGGAAGAAGAAAAUACAAGAGAGAGAGGGGUUUGGUGCAGCGCCGCGAUCACGGAUUUCAGAUGUGUUCUAAGCCUGCCGGAGUGAGCACGCUUCCAAGCACUGAUGGAGACGAGAGCUCAGCACGGCAGUGGGUCGCAGGCCUUGCUACAGACUCGGCGUGACAGUGGGAGACCGCACGGGGAGCCUGACCUGCGGGAUGUCCUGAUGCAGCAGGUUCACGUCUUGUCAUUGGAUCAGAUCAGAGCCAUCCGGAACACGAAUGAGUACACAGAGGGACCUACAGUGGCUCCACGGCCAGGGGUCAAAUCCACUCCUCGGUUAGCAACCCAACCCAAAAAUGAGAGGCCACAAGGCUUGCCCGAGCAUCGUCAUUUUACCCGAAUCCAGCACACGCAAACACAUGCCUCUCCACGUGCGCCUCUGUCCCGAUCCAUCAGCACAGUCAGCACAGGUUCACGGAGCAGUACAAGGACAAGUACGAGCAGUAAUUCGUCUGAGCAAAGACUUCUAGGAUCAUCCUCGGGUCCGAUUGCCGACGGGAUAGUCCGAAUGCAGCCCAAGUCUGAGCUCAAGUCAAGUGAGCUGAAGCCGUUGAGCAAAGAAGACUUGGGAGCGCACAGCUACAGGUGUGAGGACUGUGGAAAGUGUAAGUGUAAGGAAUGCACUUACCCGAGGACCCUCCCAUCAUGUUGGAUCUGUGAUAAGCAGUGUCUUUGCUCAGCCCAGAAUGUGGUCGAUUACGGGACUUGCGUUUGCUGCGUGAAAGGCCUCUUCUAUCACUGCUCCAACGAUGAUGAGGACAACUGUGCUGACAACCCCUGCUCCUGCAGUCAGUCACAUUGCUGCACUAGAUGGUCUGCCAUGGGUGUGGUGUCCCUCUUUCUGCCUUGCUUGUGGUGUUACCUACCAGCCAAGGGUUGCCUUAAGUUGUGCCAGGGCUGUUAUGACCGGGUAAAUCGGCCUGGCUGCCGCUGUAAACAUUCCAACACCGUUUGCUGCAAAGUUCCCAGUGUCCCCCCCAGGAACUUUGAAAAGCCAACAUAGCAUCUCUAGUCAGAAAUACUAAAGUAGCAAGGAUUAUUUUAACGUACAUAUGCAACCAACUAAGCAGCUAUGAUCUUGGCACUGUAGUAGAAGGGUUGGGGAUAUGCUUUGCUGUUUGCAGUGAAAUGCUUUCCUCUGUAUGUGCCAUCUUAACUGCUUAACAUCUUAAUCCAGCUAGUGUGGGAUACAGAAAAAACAACGAAACGGGAUGCAGUACAUCGUGACCCACAUAUUGCAUAAGCUAAAGCAACACAGACACUCCUAGGCAACUCUAUUGUUUGUGAAUAGUACUUGCAAAAUUUGUAAAUUAGCAAAUGACUCUUUUUUUCUCAUUGUUUUCUGCCAGAGAUAAUGUGCUAUAUUUUUGUAUAUACAAUAAUAUUUUCAACUGUGAAAAGUAAAUGGUGUCAUAGGACAUGGCACAGUCACAAAAUAUUAUACUAAUAUGUUGUACAUUCGAAAGAAUGUGAAUCAAUCAGUAUGUUUUUAGAUUGUAUUUUGUCUUACGGAAACCUUCUAUUACAAGACUCUGAUUUCCCUUUGGACUUCAUGUAUAUUGUACAGUUGCAGUAAAAUUCAGCCUUUAUUUUCUAAUUUUUUCAACAUAUUGUUUAGUGUAAAAAAAUAUUUAUUUGAAGUUUUAUUAUUUUAUAAAAAGAAAUAUUUAUUUUAAGAGGCAUCUUACAAAUGUCACCCCUUUUUAUGAGGACGUCAUAGUUGCUGCAAAUAAGGGGUGAACGAUGCAUAUGUUCACUAUAAAAUAGAAAAUAUAUUAACGUUUGAAAUUAAA